GGAGGAGGAGGAGGAGGAGUGCUGCCUGAUGCUCCGUGCAGGCCCGGCUUCUCCGAGAGCUUCUACACGGUGUUUGUCCCGCGAGACCUGCUCCUGCGUGGCCAGAGCAUCCUCAAAGAUACCCUGCUGUCUCCGGAACGUGUGAGGUUUGAAGGUUGCCACAUGGUUGAACUCCUGGGCUUCGAGAGCAGCGACCCAAACUUCAGUGUGCUGCCGGACGGGUCCGUGUACGCGGAGCAGGACGUGGCUAACUUGUCCGAACCCAUUCAGUUCAUGGUGACGGCACGAGGACGCAGCCUGGAGACACACAUCUGGGAGACCACCGUCAAGCUGGCCCCGGCAGGACACCCUCAGUUCGCUGGGGACAGCAUCGCCUACCUGCAUCAUCACAUGCCGCCGCGAGUCAUCUCGUUUCCACGGAGACACAACUCUCCCAUUUCCCUGCGCCGGCAGAAGAGAGACUGGGUCAUCCCACCAAUCAACGUGCCUGAGAACUCCAGGGGACCCUUCCCACAGAUGCUUGUCAGGAUCCGCUCCGAUAAGGACCGAGACAUCCAGAUCCGCUACAGCAUCACGGGGGCCGGGGCUGACCAGCCCCCCACCGACGUCUACAACAUCGACCCCGUAGCCGGAAAGAUGUACGUCACCCGACCCCUGGACCGUGAGGAGAGGGCCUCCUACCAUGUGAAAGCCCAUGCUGUGGACAUGAAUGGCAUCCAGGUGGAGAGCCCCAUUGACCUCUACAUCUACGUCAUCGACAUGAACGACAACCGGCCAGAGUUCCACAACCAGAUCUACAACGGCUCCGUGGCUGAAGGCAGCAAACCAGGCACCCACGUGAUGCGCGUGACGGCCCACGACGCGGACGACGACACCACGGCCAACGGCAUCGUGCAGUACCGCAUCCUCUCGGAGACGCCGCACAACCCCUCCCACAUGUUCACCAUCAACCGUGAGACGGGAGACAUCGUCACGGUGGCAGCCGGCCUUGACAGGGAGCGGGUGCCCCAGUACACGUUGAUAGUGCAGGCCACAGAUAUGGACGGCAGCCAGACCAUCGGCCUGUCCAACACGGCCACCGCACUCAUCUCCGUGACGGACAUCAAUGACAACCCACCAGAGAUGACCGAGCGCACGUUCUCGGGCGAGGUGCUGGAGAACACGGUGGACAAGGUGGUGGCCAACAUCACGGUGACGGACCGGGACCAGCCGGACACGCCCAACUGGAGAGCCGUCUAUAAGAUAGUGCACGGGGACCCGCAGGGCCACUUCACCAUCAACACCAACCACAUCACCAACGACGGCAUGGUGACUGUCGUAAAGCCGGUGGACUUUGAGAACAACCGCUCCUUCAUGCUGACGGUGGUGGUGAUGAACCAGGUGGAGCUGGCCAAGGGCAUCCAGUCGUCGGCGGGCUCCACGGCGGGCGUCAGCAUCUCGGUGCGCGAUGUCAACGAGCCGCCCUACUUCCCCGUCAACCCCACCAUGAUCCGCUUCGAGGAGGGCGUGGCCGCCGGCACCACCAUCACCAUCUUCGCCGCCCGCGACCCCGACAUCCUCACACACCAGAGAGUCAAGUACUACAAGUUGUCAGACCCAGCCAAGUGGCUGAAGAUCAACGUGUCGAAUGGGGAGAUCACCACCCUGGCCAUCCUGGACCGAGAGUCUCCUUUCGUCAAGAACAACAUAUACCAGGCCACUUUCCUCGCAGUCGAUGAUGGCAGACCCCACCAGGCAACAGGCACUGGCACGCUCCAGAUCUACCUGAGGGACGUGAACGACAACGCCCCUGUGCUGCAGCCCAGGGAAGCGCAGGUGUGCGAGCGUGCGCGCUAUCGCUCCAGGGUCAACCUGACGGCAACUGACCCAGACAGCGACCAGAGCGCCGGACCCUUCAACUUCGAGCUGCCCCACAAGCCUGCAUCCGUGCGCCGCAACUGGACCAUCACACAGUUCAAUGGAUACUACGUGCAGCUGCGUCUGAACCUGCACUACCUGGAGUCGGGCGUCUACACGGUGCCCAUCAUCGUCACCGACUCGGGCAACCCGCCCAUGUCCAACCGCUCCCUGCUGCGGGUCAAGGUGUGCCCAUGCGAUGUCGACGGGUACUGCACUGCCAUCGGGGCGGUGGCGGCCGCUGGACUGGGCACGGGAGCCAUCAUCGCAAUCCUCAUCUGCAUCAUCAUACUGCUUAGCCUGGUGCUGCUGUUUGUGGUGUGGAUGAAGAGGAGAGAGAAGGAGAGGCAGACCAAGCCACUGCUCAUCGACCCAGAGGACGACGUCAGAGACAACAUCUUGAAGUACGACGAGGAGGGAGGAGGAGAGGAGGACCAGGACUACGACCUGAGCCAACUUCAGCAGCCUGAGUCCCUGGACCACAUCAUGGCCAAGCCAGGGGUGGGGGUGUCUGUGGGGGUGGGCGUCCGGAGGGUGGACGAGAGGCCCAUCAUCUCCGAGUCCCAGUACCCACCCAGGUCCACGCUGCCCCAUCCCGGAGACAUAGGAGACUUCAUCAACGACGGCCUACGUGCAGCGGACAACGACCCCACGGCCCCUCCGUACGACUCGCUGCUGGUGUUCGACUACGAAGGCAGCGGCUCCACUGCCGGCUCCGUCAGUUCUCUGGACUCCUCCAGCACCGGGGAGCAGGACUACGACUACCUCAACGACUGGGGCCCGCGCUUCAAGAAGCUCGCCGACCUGUACGCCGGCGGAGAAGAGGACUGA